AUGGCUCGGUUGUGUUAUCUGCUUUCGGCGGCUCUGGCCUGUCUCGGGACAGUCGCAGCUCAAGAUCCUACGGUCCAGGUCCUCAAUGGUACGUAUCGAGGUCGUCAUCUGUCGGAAUGGGACCAGGACGCCUUCCUCGGUGUUCCUUUUGCGCAGCCUCCGGUUGGUCAGUUGAGAUAUCGGUGGCCACGGAGUCUCAACUCUUCCUUUAACGGGGUGCGAGAUGCCACCGAGCAAGGCUACAGCUGUAUGCAGUUCAGGGGGAACUUCAACAUGUCGGAGGACUGCUUGACGCUCAAUGUUGUCCGGCCAGCUGGAGAGCACGAGAAACCACUCCCAGUUCUUGUUUGGAUAUUUGGUGGCGGUCUAUAUACAGGCUCUAUUGCCGACCCGCAGUACAAUCUCUCAGGCAUCGUCAAAGUCAGUCAAGACAUGGGCCAGCCCAUCAUUAGCGUGGCCAUGAACUACCGCCUCAAUAUGUACGGCUUCUUGCAAACCCAACAGAUCCUUGCAGAAGGGUCGAGCAAUGCAGGCCUGCUCGACCAGAGGUUGGCUCUGCGAUGGAUCCAGGAGAACAUCGCGGCCUUUGGUGGAGACCCGGAGCGGGUGACCAUCUGGGGCGAGAGCGCUGGGGCGCAGAGCAUCGCCUACCAACUCUUCAGCUACGACGGCCGGGACGACGGACUCUACCGCGCCGCCAUCCUCGAAAGCGGCGGGCCGACCGGAGCACAGGUCCAGAACUUGGCUUACUACAACGCUCCCGUCGAGAACCUAACGCGGUCCGUCGGCUGCUGGACCGCCAAAGACCAACUGGCUUGCCUCCGUGGCUUGAGCCAGACACAACUCUUUGCAGGAAACCCCAGUCAGGUGUGGAACCCGCUGAUUGACGGAGACUUCCUGACGGGAUAUCCAAGCCAGCUGAUUCGCGAGGGCAAGUUCGUCAAGGUGCCUCUCUUAACCGGCGCCAACAGCGACGAGGGUAUCAACUUCAACCCGAGCAGCCCCAAGCCAAACACGGAAGUAGACCUCUUCAACGGCUUCACCUACUGGCGCUCCUACUCGCUCUCGCCGCCGACAAUCCGCAAGCUCUUCGAGCUGUACCCCAACGACCCCUGCACUCAGCCGCCGCUCUCCAUCACAAACUGCUCCGUGUACCCCGAAAAGGGCCUGCAGUGGAGGCGGGGCGCCUCCAUCGGCGGUGACCUGGUCAUGAUCUCGGGCCGGCGCAAGAUGUGCGAGCUCUACUCCCAGCCCGAGGUCGCCCAGCCUGUCUACAGCUACCGGUUUGACCAGCUGCUGUGGAACCGGAAGCCGAUAGAUGGCGUGCAGCACUUUGACAACGUCGCCUUCAGCUUCCAGAACAUCUCGGGCCUGCUCGGGCCGUCUCCGCAGUAUGACAGCCACGUGCGCCUCGCCCGGGCUAUCGGACAGGCUUAUGUCAGGUUUGUCUAUGAGCUGGACCCCAAUCCGCAAGCUGGCAACGGGACGUACGCGAACAGCACUGGGCUGUUGCCGUACUGGCCCAGGUACGACUUGAGUGCCCCGAAGAACUUGGUUCUGAACGUCUCAAAGAGCUUUGUCGAGGAUGACACCUGGAGGAAAGAAGGCAUCGACUUUAUCAACACCUACGAGGUGGCGAGGGAGCUCCUUGCAUGA